UAUACUCGUUGAAGUCUCUUACCUCAUUUUUGUUUUACAUUUUUUAUUGGCUUCAGCAGAUCGUUGUGAACCUUCAGAUUUUAGUUGGUGCUGGGCUGUUUUUAUGAUGUUUCAUGCACAUGCUUCUGUUAUUUUUCACGCUGCAAGUAUUUGGAUGCUUGUAGUUAUGGCUCAACUAAGAGUUUUAACUAUUAGAAGAGCCACGAAAGGGCCAACAACUCCAUUAAUAACAGAACGCUUUACUGCAUUAAUUGCUUUACUCACAACCAUUAUAAUGGAAGAACAAGCAAGCGUUAUUCUUCCAUGUUGGCAACCUUCUACUAAUUAUUUAACGACUGUGCCUUCAAAUUAUAAUACUGGCAUUGAAGGAUUUAUAAAUAUUACUUCACCAAUAAAUAAUACAAAUAAAAUUAGAAGACAUAGACUAAAACGUUUUCAACGAGAACUACCAACUUUAAUUGGAAAUGACCAUUAUAAUAAUUUAACUAAAACGACACAACCUCCCACAAUUUUUAAUAAUGAACCAAUAGUUUAUACAGUUCGUCCACACGAAAGUGAUUGUAUGAAUCUUAAAUUAGCUUUUUGGACAAACGGAAUUUUAUUUAAAGUAAUUCCCUGUAUUUUACUUACAUUUUCUAUUGCUGCUUUACUAAGAAUUAUUGCGGAUGUUGCACAUAAAAGAAAGAAUCUGGCACAAGUUAUGCGCAAAAAAGUUCCAAAAGAUCAUACAACUCCAAUGCUUGCUGCAAUUUUAACAAUUUUUCUUUUGGCUGAAUUACCUCAAGGUCUUUUACACGUUUUGAAUGGAAUAUUUUCUUCUGAGUCUUUUCAUAAACGUGUGUAUUUGCCUUUGGGUGAUUUAAUGGAUCUUCUUUCUCUCUUAAAUUCGGCUGUUGGAUUUUUAAUUUAUGUUGGAAUGUCAAGGAAAUUUCGAACAGUUUUCCUGCAAAUACUCUUUUCAGUUUUGCAUUUUAUAUUGAGGUAA